ACUGAGAUCGGCGUUCGAUUGCAAACUAUUUCAAAGUGCUUUUCUUACAAUUCGUAGAGAUUCUGGCUAAACAGUAGGCAACGUUAGAAGCAGGUUUUAGAUGAAAAAAUGAUUGUUUCACAGCGAAACAUUUUUGUGUCAUUUCCGAUUUUUUGUUGAGUAAGUUGGAAAAAUGCUCCCGAUAUAUGGCGUCAGUCCAAGUUUGAGUCCAAGUGAAUCGAUUCAGGAUGAUUUUGAAGGCGAAUACAUAAUGAUAAGAGACGAUGAAUCGAUAGAGGUGAUAAGUGAGCCGGGAGACAGCCCGCACUGUAAAAACAGUAUUUCGAGUAGUGAACAGGAAGAUACCGAUUCGGAAAGCGUUGAGACGAGGUUUAAGGACAAUGCUUCUGAGAGAGCGAUUAAAAACGGUGGUGUUAACGUUGACAUAGAAGACGGUGUCCGGUUGAGUGUAAGUCAAAAUUCAAAUGUUAACAAUAAGCAAGAAUUUGAUCCGAUUGAAUUGAAACAAAGAAUUGUUAGCCUCAGUUGCAAUGCGCUUCAUCAAAUCCAAAGCACUAACAACUAUGAAAUCGGCACGAAUUAUGAGACUGGAAAAGAGCAUGUAUCGAUUGGCAAAACUGAUAUUGAUAAUGAAGAGAUGAACCAAGAAGACAAACGAGAUAAUGUUAAUUUGGAAGCGGAACAAAACUGUGACAAUAAUGGAAUCGAAGCAAUUCUGGAAGAAAAUGAGAAGAUUAAUUAUGACGGAGUAGCUGUCAACCAAAUCCCAUCAGAAAUUGUUGUUGUGGAAGAAACAGUAAAGGUAUUAGAAGUGGAGCGACUAACAGAAGUUGUACAGUAUCAAUUCAUGGAUGCCCAGAGGAAAGAAAAUGAGUGUAAAACGGAAAACCACACAAUGCUCAAUGAGCAUUUGAAAGUUCAGCAUGAGGAAGAGAGUGAAAUGCUAGCCAGGUGUCUGAAUGAAAUCAGAAUUUUUCGCAAUGGUCAUGAGUACGUUAAGAAAAAAAAUCCAACACAAAUAAAAGUUGAUCAAUUGGGCUUUUCUGCACGAAUUUCGUAUGAAAACUUGGACAUCAAACUGCACAACGAAGGGAGCUUGAUGACAGCGGAUGAUAAUUUUCUGGCUGUAGUGCGAAUCAUUCGCCCGAGCCUCGUGGAUCAGACAGCCAGUUUUAUGGAAGCAAGAGAGGCUGUACUUCAGCAACUCCGAAUUGUGCAAGUAUUGCGAGACGAUUUAAUGGCUGAGCGAAAGGUACGAAAACAGUCAGUGCUUGAGGCGAUUCGAACAGUUUUGGAGCCAUCUUCGGAAGACGAAGGGUUUGCAGUGGAUCGCAUUCAGCUGUUUUUUAUUAUGAACAAUGACGACUGUUUAACAUUUGCCAAUUUAUGUGAAAAAAUAAAAAAUAACCAAUUCAUGUGCGAAAAUUUACGACGCAGAGCGGGAUGGUUUUUGCAAGCCGAAGCUCGCAGUAUUGCAAGAGAUAGUAUGUUAAGCCGUUUCGAUCAUCGCCAGCCUGAAACCUUCAGUGUUAAACUAAUCAACCAAUUGCGUGAAACGCUAAACGACUGCAGUAGCAACUACAGGAAACAAUUGCUAGAAAAAGCACCGACCUGUUUACAUGAUACUCUCGGUAACAUUAGCGACGAUCGGAUUUUGUUCAUCCGAGCCGCCGAUAUCAAACUGUUCUCUGACAUGACGGGAGUUGUGAGUCGAAGAAUUUUCGAAAAACCACUAGCCGACCUUGCCGCUAGGUGGACUGAUCGCGUUGGAAAGAUAAAUAUCGAAGAACUGAUUUCAAUUGAACCACAAGCUAACCCAAUCUACUACUUUUUGGCUAAAAGUUUGGAGGAAUUGAUAGUUGAAAUCAGAAGCAAAACAGAUCAUACUGUGGAAGAUCUACUAACUAGUAACCGUUCCGGAUGGUAUCCGAUCAAAAAAAUUACCUGGAAAUGGGAAAAUGUUUUAACAAAAUGUCUGGAGAGGGAAUAUUUUUUCAUUUUCAAACUCUUGAAGCAUUUCGAUUUGGACUCCGAAAGCGCUAAACGACCGUUCGAUUACACUGUCAAAUUGUUCGAAGGACCAAAGCAGCGAUCAACAUGGAAACAACUUGUGAGAGGAACGAAAAAGAUUUUCGGUUACCAGGAAGCAACGGAAAACUCACUGAACAUUGCUGACGAAAAGUAUGCUUGGUACUGUUUGCUUGAUGACGUUCUUUAUCAUAUUCUACCGUCUGAAUACAAGUUCGACUGUUUCGAGAAAAUAAUCCAGGGUUACAGGGACUUUUUGAUCAAAGCUGGAUGCGAUCAGCUGGAAACACUGCGAGUAAUGACCCACAAUACAGCUCGGCUCAUUGUACAAUCUAUGACCUAUGUGGAACAAACAGACAUUUCAUCGAUUGACGGGCAAAUAUUGCAAAAACAGCUCGAUCUAAUCAAUACGAAAGCCAUUCAACACUCGUUGGCAUCAAAUAGCUUCCGAGAUUUGGUUGACGUGUUCAAUGUGUACUGUAAAAACAGAGAAGACAUCUUAACUGAAUUGUGUUCUAAAAUCUGCCUGCCUGAGAUGACACCACUAAAGAUGGCACUACUAGAAAUUGUUUUAGUUGCAUUGGACAAAAAUGUUACCGCUGAAUCGGUGGUAUCCUUCUUCCGAUCCUACAGCGAUCUUUUGAUGGAUUUGAAUGAUAUCAAGUUCGAUUGGUACGUUAAAGUCUUUGCUGAUGCGGAUAUGAGCUAUCUUAUUAAAUUCAAACUGAUCGAAUUGGUUGAUAAUAAAUUGGCAGCAACACCAAAUGAAACCUAUCGCGUAACAGCGGUGGAAAGAUUUGCUAAAGCCGUACCAGCACUUUUUGAGCUUUGUUCGUGUCCAAAGCAUUACAUCCUUGAGAUACUGCUGACUUUGCUGUCCUACAUCAAAAACCAGCUGAUGAAAACAAGCUGGCAGUCAGGCGAUCAGUUGUCCGAAGAAGAGCAAAUCUCCACAACCAACGAGUUGAUCUUUGCCGUGCGAAACUCGUUUUUGUACCUCAGCGAACAACCCGAGUAUGUGUCGUUCGAGAUGUUCUACGAUGAACGUGUCAAACCCUUCGCCAGUGCCGUGAAUAACAGUAGCUCCCAUCGGGACUUUACAAAUCGCAUCACCCUCAUCAAGGAGUCGUUUUGGUAUAUUCGAAAGCAAAGUGAAAUGGCCAUCGAUCAAGCCCUAGAACUGUUCGACGAUUUGAACAGCGAAUCCGAUAGAGAGUUGUUGCUUGCGACGUACCAAAAAUACGAUGGUAGUUUUCAGCGUUUUAUGAAUUUAUACAGCGUUGAAAAUACUACAGUAACACAGAUCGUGAACAAAGUAUUAGAGCUCUCAUUCAAGAAGCUGCACACGACCUGGGAUAGCGAAGAUAAAUCGGAAAAAGUACCGGAAGUGUUAGCUGGACUGGCCGCUGUCUGGUCCAUUAUAGUAUCGAAAGAUGUAUCCAGUACCGGAAAGUAUUUGACUCCACACGGUAUCCAGAUUCUAUGCAUUUUGCGACUCUUCAGUGUUGAUCGGGCAACUGAAGGCGUAAUCAACCAUCUGGCGCAGGUUCUCACUGGACAGGGUAAAUCUCUGAUCUUAGGCCUAAUGGCUGCUCUACUGGCAUUGACUGGUCAUCGGCCACGUGUGGUUUGCUACAACGAAUACUUGGUGACGAGGGCUAACGAGAGUUUGAGCAAUUCUUCUCCGCAUUUGGGAUCGGACAUUCAAUUAUUUACUGUUCCUUUGUUGACAUGGCGAACGUUUUGAUUGG